AUGGCAACCGCAACGGAGUCACAACAGCUCAGCAAUGCCAUCCUAUCAUUUGCCCUGGAAGGGAGCUUCCCUGACGACAUUACCGCUCUGCCAUCCAUAUCAGAAACGGAUUUGGACCCUACAAUCAGAGCUCUGGGCAAGGCCAAGGUGGAUAUCGAGGCUGAAAUCCAUACCAUAAACGAAGAGACAAAGGACGACAUCAGCUCGUGGGUGCAAAACUCAAAGGUUCUGCAAGAGGACAUCAUCCGAUCCAAGACCAUUGCCAAUGACAUCAUCCGUCAAUCCGAGGCCCCGGACGUGACUGGUGAAGCCAUCCUGGAUGCGGAAGAAAAAGCCGAAUUCCUCAAUCGAGAGGUUCAGUACAGCCAGCAGAUGCACAUCGUCUUAAGGAAGAUUCAACAUGUCAAUCAACUCCUCAACGAAGUCGAGCAGGCAAGCAGAGAAAGGCGUGUUCUUGAUUCCCUAAGACUACUCGAGAAAUCAUGGGUAGCUCUCGACGAAGUGGGUGUCAGCAAGACCACCCGAGUAAUGAAGCUCCUAGACCUGAGAGCAUUUGAACUAAAGUCCGAUAUACACCAAGUGUUCGAUCACGUCUGGAAAACCCUGAUACAAGUUGAUGCAGAUUUGGGAAGAGUUGCAAUCUACAAUACGCGGCAAGAUGAGAAAAUGGUCCUGGAAGAUGCUGUGAUUGGCUUGAAGGCCUACAAGGAAGUUGAUGAGAGGAUGGAGCAGCUGUGGCAUAAUUUGGAUGCUGCGGUGGUAUCGCCGCGCAUGGAUGCUACGAGAUCAAACACCCCAGGGAUUAAAGUGGAAGGAGACGUGCUUGAGCUUGCCGGCUCUGCUGACGGCUCAGCGGAAGCCCUAUUAUCAGACCUCGAACAGAUUCUGACAUUUGUCGCUCACAAAUUACCAGCCGAUCUGCUGCGACCGCUGGCUGAUGUCAUGAUGGGCGAUAUCAUAUCCAAACUUAUUAGAGAGUGGCUCAAUCCUGCCGUUCCCACAGGACUCAAAGACUUGGAUAAAUUUCAAGUCCUUGUUUCAAAGAUGAAUGCAUUCUGUGAAACGCUGCAACACGGUGGAUACACUGGCCUUGAGCAAAUCCAAGACUGGGCCAGCAAGGCGCCCACAAUAUGGCUGGAAAAGAGCAGGGAGACGGCGCUCGAUAGUGUGCGGAUCAAUCUCACAAGCGGGAUUGGGCAGUCAAAACGAGUAGAAAAGAUUGAGAGGCAAAUGGUUUCCAUAGCUGAGGGCAACGAACUCUCUAGAACUGGCGCAGGAGCCGUUGCGGACACGAAUGACUGGGGGAAAGACUGGGGAGAGGCAUGGGACGAUGAGAAGGCAGGAGAUGAGGAUAAGAUGGAUAUUGACCAAAACGAAAGCCACGGAAAAGACAACGACGACGAUGCUGCGGAUGCCUGGGGAUGGGGUGAUAAUGAUGAAGCAAACAACAAGGAUACAACCGACAGACCAAAGGAAAAGCCGGGACAGAAGGAAGCUGCCAAAGCUGCUAACGAAGACGAUGGUGCUGAUGCCUGGGGUUGGGGGGAGAAUGACGAUGCGAAUGAUACUGCGAACCAGACGGCAGAAGCAAAAGAUGCCACUGGAGCACCGGAUGAAGAUGACGGUGCAGAUGCUUGGGGUUGGGGCGAUGAUGGUGACGCCCCUGAACAAGAGGCCCACGCCGUCGCUGCUCCCGCUCCCAAGACAAAAUCGAGCAAAGCCAAAGAACAGACAAGAGAGCUGGUCUUUAAAGAGGCGUAUAGCAUCUCAUCGAUGCCUGAGCCUGUUCUCGAAUUAAUAUUCUCCAUUCUUGAAGACGGCGCAGCGUUGACGAAGGACGGAGACGAAUACAGUCUGCUAACCGCAACAGCACCUGGCUUGUUCAGCUUGCCUACGUUUGUCUUGGCACUAUUUCGAGCCAUUUCACCUCAAUACUACUCUUCUGAUGGUGGAGGCAACAUGUUUCUAUAUAACGACGCCAUGUACCUGUCAGAGAAGCUAUCUGAUUUUUCAUUGGCUUGGAAACAACGUGAAGACCUCACACCUCGUGCGCGAAGCAUGCUCCGCAUCGACAAUGAUGUCAGGACGCUGAAGAGCUUUGCUAACCGCAGUUACUCCAAUGAAAUGAGCCUCCAAAAGACAAUUCUGCAGGACCUCCUUGGGGGCUCACAGAGUUUAGUACAGCAAGACGAUAAGGAGACGUCUAUCGAGGCCGGAACAGCGCGAAUUCGAAGCGUAGCCGCAACGUGGGACCCCAUCCUGAGGAGAUCCGUCUGGUCGCAGGCAGUCGGGUCUCUUGCGGACUCGCUUGCUUCACGGCUUAUUUCGGAUGUGUUGGAGAUGUCGUCUAUAGGUCAGGAUGAGGCCUACAGCAUUGCCCAGCUUAUUGCUUUGGCAACAGAACUCGAUGAUUUGUUCAUGCCCAGCAAACUAUCUGGUACAGCACCCGCACCGGACGAAAUGCCUACAACGGCUCAAUAUGCGCCUAGCUGGCUGCGGCUCAAGUACCUUGGCGAGGUUCUACAGAGCAACCUUAAUGAAGUCAAGUUCCUGUGGUGUGAUAGCGAGCUGAGCUUGUACUUUACGGUGGACGAGGUGAUUGAUCUGAUUCAUGCCAGCUUCGAAGACAAUGCAAGAACAAGGGAUACGAUUAGAGAGAUCAAAGCCAAGGAACCGCUGGCUAGGUGA